UCUGCUGCCAUAAGGAAAUUAAAUGAUCUUGAUGUUUGGCUUGAAACAGCUAUGGCUGACGAUAAACGGGUCGAAUUUCAACGUAAUUUGUUGAAAUGGACGCUUUGAAGUGAGCCGCUCCGGCGUGGCAAGAAGCAGGCAAGUUUUUCGUCGAUUCCAGUUCGCAAAACGCAAAUAAUCGAGAAGUCGUAGCUUAGGCCUAGCGAUGCGAACCAAUGGCUGCUGUUUUCCCACGGCAGUCUCAGCGCACGGACUGUCUCUUUCCGCUUCAUUUUUCAUGAGGUUGUGGCAAGUGGAGUAGCGGAUGGCGACAGCGAGGCAGGCCCAUCAGAGGGCAGCGGCUGCUGAGCGUCCGUCCGUGGCCAGCCUCAGCAGUAGCCUCACCUGCUCACUAUGCCACGGAUACCUCAUCGACGCCGUCACGAUCGUCAAAUGCCUACACUCCUUUUGCAAGUCAUGCAUUUUGAAGCGGAUCAAAAAGGAGAGCUCCUGCCCUGUCUGCGACCUCCGAAUCUCCAUGAUGAAGCUGGAUUUGCAUUUGAAGAAGGACGAUGUUCUUCAAAACAUAGUCUACAAAGCUGUUCCUGGUUUAUAUCAAAGGGAGAUGAAACGGAGACGAGAUUUCUACAGCUCCAGAAGCAAAGGUGAUAAAACUACGCUGACACCAGAAGAACGUGGUGAAAUGGAUGACUCAAGCAAGGGACGCAUUAUCUUCAGUCCCGACGAAGCGAUCAGUCUCUCUCUGGAGUACAAAUAUCUCAGCGACCAAAUGUUCAAAAGUGACAAGCUUAAGUUUGAAAAGCAAGACCCACCCUUCAAAGAGCUUCCAAAGCGAUACCUCAACUGUCCGGCGGCCGUGACGAUUGCUCUGCUGCAGAAGUUUCUCAGGAUGAAAUACAGCAUUGGGUCUAAGUGCCGGGUGGACAUUUAUUACAUGAAUGAUGUUCUCUGGAGCAAGUACACACUGAUGGAUAUUGCAUACAUCUACUCUUGGAGAAGGGACGCACCACUUGAGCUGUCCUUCUGGAUAUGGGAUCCAUCCGCGAAGCAGUUGGAUCAGCCGUUCACAGGGGCGAACGUUGGUGGAAGCCUAGGGCCACCCCGUCUUAGCGCACCGUCUUCCACAGAUGCUUGCGAGCAGUCGAAAAACUCUUCGUACCUGAGCAACAGUGUUGUCAACACAGAAAGUCAGUGCGGUAGCCAGCGCAGCAAAAGUGACAACACUGAGACGGACACUAUAAAAGCCCCAAAGCCCGCAUUUAUCAGUGCCCCGAAGGCGAAGCCAGCGGAGGUGGAACCUGCUACCAAGCACCUCGACAAAGUACAAAGCUCCAGUGCUCAGCAUGAAGCAGCGACGUGCGACAUGCCAGAAGGGACCACAACGCAGGCUCCACAAGCACCCGUUGCUGCGCAGUGCAAAGCAAUACCCAGCACUUGUGAAAACCUUAAAGCGGACAGCCCGGAAUUGCUGCGUUGCAACAAGGAAGAGCUGCCAGCGAAAUCCGUCGCGGAUAACGGUGGAACAACUGCCCUUCCUUCCAAGAAGUCAACGUCUGAGAAAGUGAGCUUAGUGGAAGACGACAACUUUGGAUGCGCUCGUACUUCUGGCAGCUACUCUUGGAAGGCGAACAUCGCAAAAAUAGUGUCUACUCUCGAGAAAUGCGACGACGACGACGUAGAAGAUGAACAACCUUCGAAGAAUCAAAGAGUGACAGCUGCGCCGGCCGUCCCUGCUGCCGUAACCACUGCAAUGCCUGCACCUUCGCUGGUAAAAGUCAAGGACACGACACCUUGUAGUACAGAAAAGAUAUCGAGCACCACAGUGACCGAGAGCAAGGUGACCCCCGUGAAUACUGCCAUCGUUAAUGGGGUAGGAUGCGACACUUUCAAGUCUUGGAGGAGGCUAUCCACCGAAAAACACUCCGCCGACGAGAAGAAGCAGUCCUUGAAUUGCACCAGUAAGGACACGUCGAGAGAGACCGAGAAUACCAAGCGAGAAACACCGCCUGUCAAGACCUGCGUGAGCAGGGCCGCAGACAUGGCUGAAGCGAAGCUGAAUGCUAUGAGGGCUGCAGCCUUGACAGCACUCAACAAGACUAAGAGUGAAACGGUGCCUAAGGAAGUUAAGGUUACGGAAAGCAGCCCUGUCGUCAGCACAACGUCUGCAGUGCACGUGCAGAACAAUGUGAAUCAGAACAGUCAGCAGCUGAGCAAGCCUUCUGAUGUUCCGAGCGUCACAAAAGAACCGGCGGAUGCCACGCCGUCUGAAAAAGCAGUUUCGUCGUCCGAUGCUGCCGAGCCCGUAACGACGACCACCACCACCGUUGCGAGCACUCUUCCAACUUACCUCACCCUGAGCCGAUCGCACCCGUCCCUGUUCCACGGUACGCAGAAGAAGCGUGGCAGACCAAAGUUGGCCACGGUGAACAGCCUCAACGAGGAAAUCGAGCGGGCGCACAUGCUCGCCUCGCAGGCUGCCCUGGAGAUCCAGUCAAAGCCAGCGAUCCCUGUGAUAACAUCCCUGCGAAUAAAGCCCAUACUCCCUCCUUCGGACAAAGCGGAACAGAAGAGUCCCAAGACGGACUCUCCUCCGAAAGUAACCGAUGCGGCACACCCCGGCGACAGGUCCGACUCCGACGAGGGGAGGCGGAAGAGCAAGCGCCGGAAAACUGGAAACGAAAGUGUGUUGGCAAACUCGAAGGAGGUUUCCACGACGUCCGAUUCGCCGCUGGGAUCGCCGAGGAAUUCGGGAACGCCCGAGAAGAUCACCCUCCGUGUCACACGGGACGAAACCUGCACGCUCAAGGUGGAGAAGUUGCAGCGUGCUCCUGCGACGACGGUUCCCGCGGAUGGUCUGCACGAUUCGGGGUUUUGCGAAGACGUUACGGUGGAUAAGUCGCCGUCGUCUUGUGAUUCCAAGGUUAAAGAGGAUAAGGUAGAUAAGAGGGCUUUGCAUCAUUCAAAGCAAGUGCAGGAGCCCGUCAAGAAAGCUUCGGAAGUAGCCACGCCAGUUCGGAGAGACGCUGCGGGCAAGAACGACAGGGCCAAGGAGAAAACCGUGGUCACCUUGAAAGUGUCACAACUGAAAGAUCACAAAGAGAAGCAGCUCGUCACCACAAAGCCAGGCGAACAACGAAAAGAAUCUCGGAAGGGCAAGAGAAAAUCGGUCGAGGACUGGGUGAAGGAGCAGAACAAAUGGAUUAGCGUGGACAAGGUAAAAUGCACUGAGGACCGCCAGGGCGGUCCCCCUCAGGACCAGGCACCGAAAGCUGACGGUUCGGAAGAUCCAGCGCAGAAAGGCACGACCCAGCGACGUGGGCGCAAGCGAUCGAACCCUGUUAAGAUCGAGAAACUGGAAGCACCAGUCGAAGCUCAACAGACGGCAAAGUCGACGCCCGCAUCUGCUGUCGUGGCUUGCGCUACUUCCAGUAAGACGAGCGAGGCCAGCCCCGCGAGGGUCAAGGCCUCCCCUCCGAGCACACCAAAGAAGGCGGUGACAGAACUCAUCAUCCCCAAGUACAUCCCAAACCCAGCAACGAUCAUACCGUUGACCGUCGCACAUGCGCGCAACAAGAGGUUAAAAGAGACACCGAAGACUACAAAUGCGCCAUCUUCCUGGAAUAACAACGCGUCGAAAGGUGCCUUCGAACAGCAGAGAGGCGACUCCGAAAAGAGCAAGUUCUUCAAGGAAGUCCUGAACCUGUCCAUGAAGGAAACAUCCAAGGUUCCUCAAACACCAGGUGGAUCGUUAGGUAAAAAAUCUGACACAUCAGCGUCAGCGCUGAAGGGAAAGAAAGGCUCGUCGUCAUCACAAAUAAUGAAAGUCGUCGAGAAGAUCGCGACAUCACAGAAGUCGAGCGGGAGGAGCAAAACUCAAAAGCUCUCAACGCAGACAGAAAGAGCGGACGCGGUGCCGCAGAAAGAGUGUGCGAGGGACAAGAAGGUUUCCGAGGACAGGUGCCAUGCAUCCUCGAAGGAUCACACACGGAGUCGGCUGAUGGGAAAGACACUGGUGGCCAGACCAGCGAGCCGGUCACAUCUGGACAGAUCGCGGCACUGUUUGUUGCCGUCCUCAGCAGCAUGUCCUGCAAAGAGCCAGGCAGAAAAUUCAGCGAAGGAUCCGUCAGCGGCGCCGAAGAACGCAUCAAACGAGGGGGCUGAAAUGGAGAUUCUGCCGAAGCUCAACCAGACGGGUGUGUUUCGGCUUGAGUUUCCAGGCACGGAACAGCAAAACAUGGAGCCCCACCCAGAAGGGGCGUCAUCCCUGCCGAGCAAGGCUGUGGAAGAGGUGAACUCAUCCAAGAAGCCGAUCUUGUUCGAGAACAGGGAAGACGUCGCGGAGAGUAUCAAGAACAUUGCUCGUAUCAGAAAAACCAUCCUGGAAUCUCAGCAGAGGCGGCUGUCGAGGGAUUGCAGCCCCGCUGUUGUGGAAAAUGGCCAACACGAAAUUUCAAACGAUGCCACGGCAAAUGAUACAAACUGUGUCAGCAGUGCACUGGCAUCGAAGCAACUUUCCCAGAGCAGCAGUGGUAGGACUCACGUAGCUAGAGAGAAUCACGUGCUUACCCCAUCCGGAGAGGAGAGCACAAGACGUCCAGAGCUAAAGCAAACUGGACCGUCAGAAAGUCCACCUACAGAUGCGAGGCUCGAAAAUCCGACAGUUAAGAGCGUUCGGUCCGCUCCCACAAAAAACAACUCCACGCCUCCAAAUGGCCCUUCGACUGUGAUUCAUAUUCAGAAGUUUGUCACUGCAAGCGGGAAGCAGAAGUUUGCACUGUUGAGUUCAGACGAGUCUAGACCUUCAUCUGCCGCAAGGAUUGCCGAGUCGCCAUCAAGAAGUCCGUCGCCUUCAAAGCGGUGUUCCGCUCGGCUGCUUCUUAAUACUGCUCGGACACCUCCUCGUGUGCCAGAUGGCAGAGAGUCUUUGACAUCUCCGGAUACAAGCAGCCCCAACGCAGUGCCGUAUCAAUCCCUCAACAUGCUUCGGAGAAGCAAGAGCACAGUGGAGCCCCCUACACACAUUCAGUGUCCGAGCCCUGCUAUCAAGAAAGACGAAAUGUCAGGUGUUCAGAGCACAUUUGAGCAUGCAAGUCAUACAAACAUAAAACUAAUCCCGGUGAAAAUAGAAAAUACUGUCCAGCACAGCACGCACAUGGACCACGGUUAUUCAAAGCAAGACCCAUCGCUCCAGUCAUGCACAUUGAAACCGGAACAGACAAAGUCUGAACGACAGAGCAUCAGUUCGUCGAACGAACCAUGUACAGAAGCUUCUAAUUUACCAAACGCACGAGCCUGUGAACACAUGUAUCGUACGACAGUGGCAGAAAUAGACCUGUUCACGGCGCUCAGCAUCAUCGAGACCAUAAAAGGAAGGGCGACCGUGCACGACAUCAUAGAAGACUACGUCACGCACCUAGGGAAAUUCUUCAGCAUGCUGGAAUCAUCCGAUGAUCAGACGCGACGUCUGGUCGAAGAAGCAUUUCACUCGAAGCGGGCCGUUCUGCUUCGUCUCAUCAGGUUGCUGAAGAAACUGACAACAGACCUGUCUUCGAACCAGGUCUCACAGGUCCUCGCGCUGGAAGUCUUGAUUGAAAGGUUCUUGUACCGUUACGGACACGACGCCGUCGUGGACGACUUUAGCCUCGACCCGCAGGCGGAAGAAGUGACGACAAGUAAUCAUUUUGUGUCCUGUGCAACGCUCGUUGAACCAGUGUACAGUGUGGAAGAUCUUGAAGAGCCAAAGUUUUUGCCCGCUGCACCGUCAAACGAAGUGACGGUUACGACGACGUUGGGGAGCCAGUGCGUAGGUCGGCGAGGUCGUGUCAGGAAAGCGAAGAGGGGUACGGCUUGGAAGCGAAGGUUGAUGCAAGUGUUGAAGAUGAACGAGCCACUGUGGCUGCUCCCGGUGGUUCCGGGUCUGCGGAACACCCCGAAGACGUCGGCGAUGUGUUUUGGCCCUACAGUGCCCCCCGAAGUGUUUGAUGCUUCGUUCGCAAGGGUGCCGCAUGCAUGCAUACCCGACGUCCAGGGUCCCACAGCAAGCCUCCUACCAAUCUCCGACGCACCUUCUCCGGCUCCCACAGAGCACCUCCAACUCACCUGUUACUUUGGCUCCAACGUGUGUGGCCUUGCCAGAUCCUACCUUCAUCUAGUCAGCUCCAAUACAAACGGACGGCACGCUUUCCCCCUCUCGACGCCAGAACACAUCCUCCAACGGACCCUAUCCCACGGCACAAACUCCAAGUCUUUGCUACCCUGUCAACUCCGCAAUCCGACGGGUUCGCAGUUCGAGCAGACCAUGAUCGCUGCCAUCUGCAAGCUCCUCCGGGGCGACGGAGUGUGCGACGAUGGCAGCACGUCGAACAUACCUCCCGGAAGGAUAUGCAUGGCUACAGUCGAGAGCACCCUAGUCAUAACCUCUUCCAACACAAAGAACAAGCUGAUGCUUUCCGCUGAAGUUGGACAGCGUCUGCUGAGGGGACUCCUUUCCGGGAUGGGAAGCCUGCCGGCGAAUAAUUGUGGCUUGGAUUUGGAAUCUUUGCUUACGGUAUUAGCGGGGAAGAUGUCGGCCCGUCGUAGCAGCUUGGCGGCGGCGGCGGACACCGAUACGGCAAGUUGCUCGACGCCGUUCCGGGACAGGGUUUCUCUCGGUCAGCUUCCGCCUGCAAGCAUAGCUGGAGGCAGCGCUGUGCGGACAGUCAGUCGGAACAGUGUACAUAGCUGCUGCGGGAAAAGCGGCAGCCAAGAAUAUAUCCAGGCUUCGGUGAGCGCCGUGGCAAGUAGGCAAGCCGGUAGUGGAAGGGACGGUCUGUCGAAACGCAGUCUGCCCCCGAGUGUGUUCAAGGCUGUCAAAGCAGUUUGUCAUGCAAGAAACAUGGUCGCACCUCAACCGAGCUGCCCCAAAAGGAUCAGAAUAUCGGCACCCAGCAGGGGUGGGACGCCACCGAACAGCAGUCGCGGUAAAGCGCUCGCAUUUGGACCAAGUAGAGACGUGAGGGCUGCCAGAAUCAAAUUUGGGAAGAAAAUGAGGGUUUCUUCGAGCAACACCGGUGUAUCGCAGAGAGAACCCGUAGUCGUUCCUGCGUCGACUGGAGGCUGUGAGGCUGUGACCAGCACCCUUGUUGACAACAGUGUCGGACCUCUGUGUCAAGCCGCACCCGUCAAGCGACCGGCGCAAGGUUCUGCCGCCCCGGUGCUGCCUCCAGCCAAGCGUCCGCUAAAUUCGUCACACAUUCCAGCGGGAAAAAGAGACAGAAGGGUGACGACGCUGCUGCGGUCUCCCCCCUGUGUCGUUCCUAGGAACCGCCUCGUUCUGCUGCGUUGCCUCGACCCGGCGGAACAGAAGCGGAGGCGUCGAGCCGCUGGCCAAGUCAAGCCAAAGCCAAAGCCGCCCCAACCACACACCCCCAUUUCCCCAUCCCAACUGGGUUAUCUCCUUGUAAAUAUGUACCAUAAAUAAAUUUUGUAUAAUUGAA